UCGCCACGCGACUCUACUUGUGCUACGCAGUUGGUUGUUUGGAUUUGUUGGACUAUUUGAAUUUUCCACUAGCGAUUUGAAUCUUGGUGAAUUUUUGGUGAGUUUUUUAGCCCAUCAUAUGCCAGCUAGGAGAAGCAACGUCAGCAAGCCGCCAACAUCACUUUUUAUUUGUGCCGUCCGAACCUUUGGUUUAUGUUUGGUUCGGCCCACCCGAUGGAGUACGCAAAAGGCGCAGUUGAAGGUUCGCUGCUGGCUGCCACCAACGUCAGCAACGUCCCGGCCUUCCUCACUAAACUGUGGACUUUGUUGGAAGACCCCGAAACUGACCCCCUCAUCUGCUGGAGCCCGACUGGAAACAGUUUCCAUGUUUACGAUCAGGCUCGGUUUUCUAAGGAGGUACUCCCACAGUUCUUCAAACACAACAACAUGGCCAGUUUCAUCCGACAGCUCAACAUGUAUGGCUUCCGGAAGGUGGUCCACAUCGAGCAGGGUGGUCUGUUGAAACCAGAGAGAGAUGACACGGAGUUCCAACAUCCAUUCUUCAUCAGAGGACAAGAACACUUGCUGGACAACAUCAAACGCAAAGUCACCAAUGUAAAUACAGUGUCUGCUGUGCGGCAGGAGGAGGUGAAGAUCUCAGCAAAUGAGGUCAACAAGAUCCUUAACGACGUACAAGUGAUGAAGGGGAAACAGGAGACCAUUGACUCCAGAAUCAUUGCCAUGAAACAUGAGAACGAGGCUCUGUGGAGGGAAAUGGCGUGUCUGAGACAGAAACACGCGCAGCAGCAGAAAGUGGUCAACAAGUUGAUUCAGUUCCUGGUAUCGCUGGUCCAGUCCAAUAGGAUCAUGGGAGUCAAGCGAAAACUCCCACUCAUGCUCAAUGACUCCAGCACCACCCACUCCAUGCCCAAAUACUCCCGACCCUUUUCGCUGGAGCACCUGCAGUCUGCAGCCAGCAUCUUCCCAGCGGAAUCCUCUUUAACCUCUGGACCCAUCAUCUCUGAUGUCACAGAGCUGGCCACGCCCACAGCAGAAGAGGUGGUCAGUAACUGGAUGGAAGCUGGAAAGACUAACAUCAAGGAGGAGGAGCCUGUCAUUCCUGACAUGGUGGACAGUCCUGUUCUGGAGGAUGCGGUUACAUCCGUAGACACGCCUCUUUCUCCCACCGCCUUCAUCAACUCCAUUCUGCAAGAAAAUGACACGCAGUCUUCCCAAAACACGAUAACGCCCAACCUGGCGCCAGCCGCUCCUGUGGUUCUGAUGAGCACCCCCCAAACCGGGCCCCUCCCACCAGCCCCAAAUGGUCAAACAUCCACCCCCAACCCAGGCUCGGCUCAGAAGUGUCAGACAGUCGUCUGCAUUGACAAGUCUGAAUUGUCGGAUCACGUGGAGACUAUUGACAACAGUCUAGAAAACCUGCAGAACAUCUUGAACAACCAAACCUUCGCCUUUGACACUUCUCCAAUCAUGGAGUUGAUGUACCCUUCAUGGUCCUCAGGAGACUUUGACAUCAACAUCUUGGACAGUCUGCUAUGUGACGACACCGCCAAAGGAGCUGAUCAAAGUAACAGUACAGGGAAGCAGCUGGUGCAGUACACACCUGUACAGAUUUCUGAACCAGUCAAUGUGGGCGAGGGUGGGACCGACUUGCCGUCGUUACUGGAGUUGGAGGCGGAGCCUUUCCUCAGUCCUGACACGCCCACUGAUGACCAAACCACCAAAUUGAACUCUGACCUCUGACAUCGUCAAGGAAGGAUGAGACUCCUCCUUAUCCAUGAUGAUUGCCUGCACAGCAUCUUGCUGUUAUCAAUCAGCAUGUCAAAGGUCACAUUUUUACUAUGCAGAAUUGAGAUUUUUCUUUGCUUUUCAUACAUCUUUAACAAGAAUUAAUAUUUUUGGAAACAGGAUGAUCAGCAGAAGUAUUCUUGUGGUUGUAGCUUGUAGUGGUGUUUACUGCAUCAAAGUCAUUUAUUGUGCACCUUGUCAGCUAAUAAAUACACAAGCUGUUGAUCUUAUCAACAAAUGCCACCUGUUGAUGUUCAAAAUAGACACAUUUAUUGUAAAAUCAUUAAAAGACAUUUUACAGGUUGA